GUCUGUUAGCUUAUGGGUUGAUUUGCAAGAAUCGUGCAGUGUAGGGGCUGAUCUCAUUUUUUUAAAGACUUUUACACUAAAAUGAGAUAAGUUUGAGGACUUAACAACGAUUUUGCUUUACGUGGAAGAGUGUUAACGGAAAAAACUGAAACCGGAAAAUUAUUAGAGAAAGAUCGGAAAAAGAAAAGCAGUGUACAAUGCGUAACACUCACUCACCUCCGGUGAAUUCUCGCUUCGCCUUGGCAUCCAGAGCUUUUACGCAAAAGGAGAUAGGAGAUCUCAGAGCACUGUUCGUGUCCAUGGCUGCCCAGUCACAGAGCGACGGUCGAUACAUAUCUCCCUCUGUCUUUCAGGCAUACUUUGGACUGAAAGGGGCUCUUGGGGAAAGACUCUUUGAUUUGGUUACCCAACAAAGGAGAGACCAGAAAUUGACCUUUGAAGACCUCGUAAUUACUAAGACGACUUAUGAGAAAGGAACAAAUGAUGAGAUUGAGGAGUUUGUUUAUUAAUUAUCUGAUGUCACAGCUGAUGGUGUUUUGGGGAGGUCUGACAUAGAAUCUGUUCUAGUUACGAUAUUUGAUGAUAUAUUCAAUGUGAAAAGUUCUGAACCUGGAUCAACCCUUGCCUUUCAAAGAACAGUAAAAUCUGCCCAGAAGUGAUAGAAUGCUGGGGAGUUGUUAGGAAAGUAACACAGCAAGAAAGACAAGAUGCUCUUAAGGGCACUGUGUUAGAAAGGUUUAAGAAGGACCGGAAUAUGCUCAACAUGGUAGGGAUUGCAAAUGCUAGUGAGUAAAUGUGAUCGUCUUUGGCCUUCACUUUCAGACAGGGCGUCAACAUUCGGAUCAGUGCUUAAGGUUAGAACUCCUGUUCAACAUCUGUCUAGUUCAAGGAAAAUUGUUUUUAUCUCGAGUCCCUGAUUCCUCAAUCAAACCAAACUUUAUUUUUUAUCAUUAUAGUGUAUCAUGUAUAUGCCAAAUCCUCUCUUCCAACUACAAAAAAUUACUGGUGGUUUU